CCAGCCCAAAAUACCCAAGAAAACCAUCCCAAGCAAGCAAAACCUGCUUAGCCAUCAAAUCGCUAGCUGCACGCCAUCAGUACAUAGCUCGCUCGCUUGCUCCAUCGAUCAAUCUGUGCAAUGGCGCCCUCCAAGCUGGUCCUCUUCCUUGCCGUCAACAUGGCUCUCCUCGCCACCACCGCGCACGCCUGCGGUCCAUACUGCCCCACCCCCACCCCACCGCCAACCUGCUCGAUUGACACUCUGAGGUUGCAAGUGUGCGCCAACGUGCUGAACCUGCUCAAGCUCAACCUCCCAGUGCCGGCGAAUGAGGAGUGUUGCCCGCUGCUGUCCGGGCUCGCCAACCUCGAUGCAUCUGUCUGUCUCUGCACCGCCCUCAAGGCCGAGAUCCUUGGCAUCAAACUCAAUGUCCCUGUCGCCUUCACCCUCCUCCUCAACCAGUGCCGCAAGACCUGCCCCGACAACUUCACCUGCUCCAUCUGAUCCAUCAUCCAUCACAAAAGCAUUAAACCUCGCCAUCCCUCUACAAGCAAGCAAAUCUCUCUCGUAACUUGCAUGUCUUACACAUUUACCCUCAUAUGUAUUUUUAUUUGUUCAUGUCCAAGAUGUUCAUGCAUCGUUGUAUCUCAUCGUGAGAUGUGCAAUUGAUUUUCAUUGUUGCAAAAUCAUGUACACAGUUUGAAUAUUGUACGCGCCAAAUUCAUUGUAGUUUGUUCAUGUUGUCUUAAGUGUUAACUCAACCCGUGAUAUAUCUUCGUUUUUGAACAUGGACUAAAGGAUGGUUUUUGACCGGAUCCA